UUUACUGUUAUCUGUUAUCUGUACAUAUAUGGUCUUAUUUGUUGAUAGAAACGUGAACAUUACGUAUACACAACUUAUGAAGACUGCUUGAUGAUGCGUUUUUUUGGUAAAAAAAAUCAAAGAGUUUUAUGUUCUGCCACCACCAUUUGUUCAGCAUGCACAGUAUUAUUUUUCAUGACAAUUAUCUAUUGUUAUAAAUCAAACAUUUAUGGAUUAACAUAUAACAGCAAUAUGUUGUUGGGAAAUGUGAGUAAUCGCUAUUUAUGCCCAUACUUCAGAGGUGGUCUAGGAAACCACAUGUUUAUGUAUUCGUCGCUAUAUGGAAUUGCAAAGAUAAAAAAUAUGACAUUAGUAAUAAAUGAAAAAGACACUAUUAAUACAGUAUUUAAGUUAAAUGUACUCAUAUUAAAAAAAGCGAAGUAUAUAUGUGAACAAGCUGUUUUAGUAAACGAAAAAAGACCAUGUGCACAUGAUCUUGAAACUUUCAACUUUGAUUCAUCAACGCCAGUGAAAUUAAAAGGAUAUCUGCAAUCCUGGAAAUAUUUCAAACAUGUUGAAAAAGAAUUAAGGAAACAAUUUGUAUUUAAGGAGGAAGUUAACCAAAAAGCUCAGGAAGUGAUUGAAAAAUAUACUAAAAUGUUUACCCGUAAUAAGACUAAUUCCGAAAAAUUGAAAAUAAUAGGCGUUCACAUUCGCCGUGGAGACUAUCUCACAGCCCAUAAUAUUAAAUAUGGAUAUAAUGUAGCACCAAAAGCAUAUCUUCAAAAGGCAUUUGAUUAUUUUAGAUCGAAAUUUAAAAAUUGUCUUUUUCUUGUUUUUACUGGAACAAGCAAAGAAGACAUUAAAUGGCGGGACGACAAUGUUCAUGACAAGGAUGUGUUGAAGGUAACAGCCAAUGAACGAAAUGUUGACAUGUGCACUUUGACUAAAUGUGAUCAUACAAUAAUAACUGUAGGUUCGUUUGGAUGGUGGUCAGCAUGGUUAUCCCCUGGCACAACUAUUUAUUUUAAGGAUAUUGCACAGACAAAUAGUUCGCUUCGAAAAGACUUUAGUGAAGACAUGACAGAUUUCUUUCCUGAUGACUGGAUUGGUUUUUAGUGUUUUCCGAACGGAAUUAUCAUGUCUCUGUGUCCCUUUGAAGACCGGCCAAAAUAAGCAUUGCAUCUGGUUUAUUUGGGAAGCAACACAUACGUCAUAAACGUCAAUGCGUAACCCGAAAUGUAAUGACGAAUGCAUAGGGAAUUUCAAAAAGAAAAUAUGCGUUUAUAUUUUUGAAUGAACAUGUCUUGUAUGCGGAAAGAAAUAACACUGGCGAUUUCUGACACUUGGUAGACUUAACACGAACCUCUACCACGUAAUGAUUUUCAAUUUUGUAUUUCAUUAUCAUAGACGAAAAUAUAAACAUAUUGAAUGAAAAUAUAUACAUAUGCGUUCAAUGUACGCACCCAAAUAGUAAUCGAUGAACUCAUAGAUAUUAUAUCACAAAGUCUGAUACCGAAUCUUAUAUGUGCACGACACAGGCCUUUUUUCAAACAUAACAUUUACAUUUACAUGUACUGCACUAGAGACCGCAUGUUUCAGAUGCUUAGUUCAUAAACCUAAACAGAUGAAUUAAAACAGCACAUCUCAAAUUUCUAUCUUAGGAAAUAAAAUUACAAUUAAACUGCAGUCAAAACACAUCUAAUAAACUGAAUUCCAGUUGUACAAUCUGGUAACAAUAGAGUUUUGUAUAUAUUCUUGAUAUACCUGCUAGUUUUGAUUUGUUUUGCACAAAUGUUUGUAUGUGAUGGUGAUGCAUAUCAAUAUUGGUUAUCCAGGUUUACAGUAAGAAUCACUGCCUCGCUUAUAUAUCGAAUGCGGAUGUCGUGGGUUCAAACCACAACCCGGUUAAACAAAGGCAUGACAAUGGUAUUUGUUUAUUUACUGCUAAUCACUUAAGAAUUUAAUGCUUCUUUUUGUAACUUUAUUGGGGUGCAAAAGCGUUGACCGAAGUACAGUUUCCGCGCUUCAUUUCUAACAAUGCGCACACGGUCAACGCCUUUACCCCCCUUUGAAGUUACAAAAAGAAGAAUUCAAUACUUAUAUUUACAUUUUGUUAGCUAGGAUCAUGAAAACAUGGUUUUUAAUCAAGGUUUUAUUUAAUUUACCCGUGCACUUUAUUUUUGGACCUCGUGUCAUCAUGAAUAACAAAUUGUAUUGUGUAUAAUGAUAGAAGUUGAUUAAGGAAUAACGCGAGAUUGCCGUUAGCCAAUCAAGAUAACGUUUUAUAAUUAAACAUAUAUCUAAUGUAAUUAUGUAGAAUUGAGAAGUAAGAGCAAAGACUGGAUGGCUCCGACGAAUAAUGUGUUCUUUAGGUGGGAAAUGAAUU